CAGUUGUUGAGACCACUUGUUUCAUUUUCGUUUCAGAUUUAGCAUUCACUUGAAAGCGCGUUGCCAGACCGGCAACAUCGGGUCAUCAACAUUUACCUUUUUUAUUUUGUCAAAAGUGCUUUUGUUUGUUUUAUCUAAGUUUUUAGUUAUCAAAUUUGUGAUUUUUUAUCCGUGGGAAAAUUUUUAAAAUAAAUUGAACUUAUUUUAUGAGUUUUUAUUAAAAUUUUUUGUGCUGGUUCAUUUGAACUAAAGAAGAAAUAGGAUUAAUAGAAAGGGUGAUCAAAGUCCGGAGAUAUGCGCUUCAAUUAAAGUUAAUUUAAACUCAUUAAGUCCUCUUGUGGUCACAUUGACCAAAGAAUCUUACAUCAUAAGGUCAACGGCAGUGCGAGUGUUUUUUUUAUUAAUUUUUGAUAAACAUUUAAUAUGGAGGAAGUAUCGAAAGAUUUGGACAUGCAUAUUGUAAAUUUGCUGACUAAACUAUCGGAAAUGCAAGCAAAGGUCAAACAUCGAACGAAAAAUCACAGACAUCCCAUGUCCACAGAAUUAAAAAGCAUAGAAUUGUGGAAAGCUAUUGCAACGGAAUGUUUUUCAACUUUUCUCUUCUCACUUAUUGUACUUGGCGCAGCCUCUUCUUCAAAUGUUUACGGAAGUGGAUUGUCUGUGUUGGCAACUGCAAUUGCUUCUGGAUUCGCUAUUUCUGCUAUAUACCUAAUCUUUGGCCAUAUCAGCGGAGGUCACGUUAAUCCAGCAGUGUCACUGGCAUUUGCAAUUACAAGGAAAGUAUCACCACUACGUGCAACUUUAUACGUAGCAGCACAAUGCGGUGGUGGAAUUGCUGGUGCGGCAGCGCUUUAUUUCAUAAAUAUAAGCCAAUCAAUGCCAACCAGCGGACGGCCAAGUUUAGCUUACGAGAAAUUACUAUUGGAGAUGACACUUUCAUGGUUUAUCGUCGCGGCACAUUUAAAAGCUGACAAGGAUAAAAAUUAUUCUGCGUUUCUUGCCAAACCUGCUGGAGUUCUGGCUGCUGCUUAUACAGCUUCAACAUUAGUAGCGAGUCCAUUUUUGAAUCCAGCACGAGCAUUGGGAUUGGCCUUUGUAACAAACAAAUGGGAGUUCCACUGGGUGUACUGGGUAGGUCCAAUAAUCGGAUCAGUGAUAGCUUCAAUGGUCCACAGAUUUGUGUCAUGUUGGAAGAACCAACGAUCCCGAGAAUCGCGUACUAUGGACGACGGCGACUCAUCAUUACCAUCCGACGGAGAUACCUACGAUGAUUUCGACAAGCCAUCAGGUCCUAAAUACACCAGUGGGUAUGCAGCAACAUACCGUCCAGUAGCUGGAGCAUCUUCAAUCUACUCAGGACCAACAGCAACUGCAUUAGAGCGCGUUGAAUCUAUUUACGGUGGAACCAAGUCACUUUAUUGCAAAUCUCCACCAUUAACACGAGCAAAUCUCAACAGAUCGCAAAGUGUUUAUGCGAAAUCAACAUCAUCUCCACGAGACGGGUUCAUCAUACCCAAACCAGGACCAUUGGUACCAGCACAAAGUCUGUAUCAGAUGAGACUAGGCCAAGCUUCUUUGCCGCUACCAUCAAGAGAGCCUUUAUCUAACCCAAUUGGUCCUCAGCCGUCUUCAUCCCACAACCCGACUCAAAAUCACAACAGUACUAACCAAAAUAUGCAGAAUCAACUGCAACAAUGCACACAGAGUAUUUAUGGAAUUCGUGGAAUUUCUACUAGCUUAAGCACUAGAGAAAAUGGAAUUUACGGUGUCACUACUGCUUCUAGUAUUUAUGGACGUGCUCCAGCACCACCACCAGAAUCUCAACAACAACAACAGCAACAGCAACAAUCACCCUCUAUUUCUUCAUCACAAGUUUCAGCAAGUCAAUCAAAUUCAAGUCAGCUACAGAAUCAACACCCACAAAAUCAAAAUCAAAAUCAAAAUCAAACUCAGAAUCAAAUGCAACAAGAAGGAAUGAUCUCUCGUCGACCUGAGAGUAUGUACGGACACAUAUCUCGCAGAAGUGACGACUCAGCCUAUGGAAGCUAUCAAGGCUCAAAUAGGGGCAAUUAUGCUAAAACAACUGGUCCACCACCACCACCACCUCCUGGAUUCAUGGGAUCCGUUAGUUUUCGUGAUAACAGACCAAGUCCUGGUCCAAUACAACAGAAUCAAGUUCAGCAACAAAAUUACCAACGGAAUUCACCCAAUCCACAGUAUUAAUCGUUGAUUUGUAUUUUAUGAUUUAUGAUACUUAUUAUUACAAUCUCUGAUAGAAGU